GUUAAUGGUUUGCUCUACGGACACAAAUAUUGUUGCCAUCAAUGGAAAAAGUGCCUUUAUGUUAUGUCAGUUUUGUGCUGUCGACUGAACUGUUACCAUGGGAGUGCACGGGCUGUGGAGGCUGCUGGAGAGCACAGGGAGGCCCAUCAACCCAGAGACCCUGGAGGGCAAGAUCCUAGCUGUGGACAUCAGUAUCUGGCUGAACCAGGCAGUGAAGGGUGUGAGGGACCGUGAGGGGAACAGUGUCCACAACGCCCACCUCCUCACACUCUUCCACCGCAUCUGCAAGCUCCUCUUCUUCCGCAUCAGGCCAGUCUUUGUAUUUGAUGGUGACGCGCCGCUGCUGAAGAAGCAGACUCUGGCCCUGAGGAGACAGAGGAAGGAGGAGUUAAGCCGUGAGUCCAGACAGACCAAUGAGAAACUCCUCAAGACAUUCCUAAAGAGACAAGCCAUCAAAGCUGCACUUGGAGACCGCAGUAAGGAUCCUCUGCCCAGCAUCUCCAGUGUGAGGAGAGAUGAGGUUGACGACCUUUACGUUCUCCCAGCCCUGCCACCUGCAGAGGACAAUGACAAGAACAGUUCAGAAGAGGAGGAAGAGAAAGCGUUGGAGGAGAUGGCUGACAGCUACAACAUGUACCAGGGGGAUUUGUAUGAAGACCCCAACUCAGUGGACAUCAACUCUGAGGAGUUUGCCAGCCUUCCUGCUGAAAUGAAACACGAGAUCCUCAAAGACAUGAAAGAGUUUACCAAGAGACGGCGAACCAUGUACCACAAACCUCCAGAGCAUUCAGGAGAUUUCUCUCAGUACCAGCUGGCCGGCCUGCUGCAGAGGAACAAGCUGAACCAGCGUCUGGAGGGUGUGGAGCGAGAGAUGAGCGAGCGGAGUGCUGGCAGCGCUCCGCAGAUCCACAAAGAGGAUGGAGACCAAAAGAACCACAGUGUAGAGUCACACAGACUGGUAUCAGAGGACCAUGCCCACUAUAUACUUAUUAAAGGCUCCACAAAGAGUGAGAGGGCUCCUGAGAGCCAACCUGUGGCUCCACCAUGGUCUGGUGGCCCCCUGUCAGGCAGCAGGAGGCGAGGAGCAGAUAGACCUGAGCCUCUGUGGCGUCCCGUCUGUGAGGAGGAGGAAGAGGACGGCCCCUCUUCCUCUGCUGAACCAAAACCCUCUGCUUCGAAACCUACCAUUUCUUCUCAGGGUGACACAUUGCCCCCCUCGCCUCGCACACUGAAGGCCAUCCAGGCUGCCAUGGGUGACAGUUCAGAUGAGGAGAAAGAGGACCAAGAGAAGAGAGCUGGCAGUGUGUCCCCUCGUACUUUACUGGCCAUCCAACAAGCUCUGGCUGAGGAGGACGAUGGUGUAGCUGAAAGUAGGACUCAUAUUGACAACUCACCCACCGACCUGAAGGCAUAUCGUCAGCAUCCCGCACCACAAGUGGUCAUCAGCAGCUCAGAAGAAGAGAGAGAAGCUGAUGAUGACCCAUCUCUCAUCAAUUCUCAAGCCAGUGGGAGCUUAUCAGGCCAAGAUGUACAUGUCAGAGAUCAUUUGUUGGACAGUAGCUCUGAGGAUGAGAUAGUGGAGGUGAUAGCACAGAGAAACAAAGCACUUCGCAACUCUGCAGCACUAGAGCACCCUAACAGACGAUCUGAAAGAGAGCCGCAGAGUGUGAGAGAGGCAUUGAAGUCACAGGAGCAGAUAAAAGAAGGAGACUUGACAGAAAGAGAAAUAGGGAGACGGUGUAGAGCAGAGGAAGUGGGAGAAGUGGAAAGAAGAGAAGUAGGGCAUGGAUGGAUUGCUGAGAGCCUGGAUCAUGAUCAAGAGGAGCAUUCAGGUCAAUCUCAGGGCGCUGCCGCCCAUCAGAGGCUCUCCAACAUCAAUCUCUCAGCUCAUAUACAAAGAGAGCCUCUCAACGCAGAGCAGAGGAGUGAGGAGACCAUCAAAAUACAAGAUAGGACAAACGGAGACGUGAAAACGGAGGACAGCGAUCAGAGUGACUCAGAAGAGAGUUUCAUUGAGGUGUCAAAUGGAGAAGAGGAAGAAGGGCAUGCAGAAGAUUUGCCCAGAGACAUGAGCGGAAUAGUCUCCCCAGGCGAGGUCAAUGAAGUCAGGAACAAGACGGAAGAAAAGCAGGAGGAGAGCUUGACCAGUACCUCAGUCGCUUUGAAAUCAGAGGAACUGGAGGACAAAAAGGCUCAGAUUGAAGAGAGAGCGCCGGAGGAGAGCACAGAGACAGAUUCUAGCUCAACACCUGCCAUCAAUGAAUGGGAACACUUUGAUGUUGACGAGUUGGAGGCGCUGGAGAGCUCGCUGCAGGUUGAGCAGAGCAACCUGAAGGAGCAGAAACAGCAUCAGGAGAGGAUGGCUACCACAGUCAGUGGACAGAUGUACCUGGAGAGCCAGGAGCUGCUGCGGUUGUUUGGCAUGCCGUUCCUGGUGGCUCCGAUGGAGGCUGAGGCUCAGUGUGCGGCGCUGGACCGUGCCGACCAGACCCACGGGACCAUCACAGACGACUCAGACGUCUGGCUUUUUGGAGGGCGACACGUCUACAAGAACUUCUUCAGCCAGAACAAAUAUGUCGAACACUACCAGUACAUCGACGUGCAGAACCAGCUGGGUCUGGACAGGACCAAGCUGAUCAACCUGGCCUACCUGCUGGGCAGUGACUACACAGAGGGUGUCCCAGGGGUCGGUUACGUCACUGGCAUGGAGAUCCUCAACGAGUUCCCUGGGCCUGGUUUGGAACCACUCACACAGUUCAGUGAAUGGUGGUCCGAUGCCCAGAAGAGCAAGCGCUUGGUGUCUGACCCGCGGGACUCCAAGGUCAAAAAGAAACUGAGGGACUUGAAACUGCAGCCGGGGUUCCCCAACCCUGCUGUGGCCCAGGCCUACCUGCAACCUGCUGUCGACCCAUCAGACAGCUCCUUCAGCUGGGGACGCCCGCAAGUGGACAUGAUCAAAGAAUUCUGUCUGAGUCGUUUUGGCUGGAGCAGUCAGAAGACACAGGAGACUCUCCAGCCCGUUCUCAAACAGCUCAACACCCAGCAGACUCAGCUGCGGAUCGACUCGUUCUUUCGCAUGGAGCAGCAGGAGAAGCAGGCGAUCCGCAGCCAACGACUCCGCCGUGCAGUCACCUGCCUGAAGAGAAAGGAACGAGAAGGAGGAGGCCAGGAGGAAGAAGAGGACAUUGAUGGCGAUGAGGAGAACAAAACUCUUUCUCCAUCCAAACCUAAGAAAGGGAAGACAGUAAGCCAGAGUCAGAAGAGAGGAGGAGGAGGAACACGGGAGAAUGGGUCAAGCUCUAUGGCAGGAGGAGGGUUUUUGGGCUCUGAGGUGAUUGUUGAAUCACCUCUCAGUUCUCUGAAGGACAUCACCAGCACCAGCCAUGAGAGCGAGUCCCUCUCUGUGCCUAAAAAGGACGUCCCUCAACGUAAGACUAUCCCACAGAAGGCAAGACAGAGCAGCGGCAGCAGCAGCAGCUCUGAUGAGGACAGUGAUGGCAAUAGUGAAGUUGCCAUGGUAACUGCUCGAUCUGUGUUUGAGGGCAGUCGACGAGGCCGUGGCACGAGAAAUGCAAGAGGAAGAGGAAGGGGAAGGGGCAGGGGGAAGAAAUUAUGAGAAAAGGAACUCUGAGUCUCAGUGAUCAUUAUAGUAAUAUGACACCCUGAAGUAAAGUAUGAAAUGUUGCAUUUGAUAUUUAUUUUCUUAUUUUGUCCAGAGACAAGUGUGGAAGCAAAAUGAUGUAUUUUCUAAACUCACGGUGAAUUGAGCUGAUGAACUGUAUUUAUAGUAACAUUAUUAUUGUUAUUAUUAAAUAUUUUUGAACAAUA